AAACGCUCAGUGCUCUUUUGUCUUUCGUGCUCACCACCAACUUAUCAUCAACAAACACCGUAUAGAUUCGACACAUUCCCGACGGCCAGUUGGUUCUUUGGGGGUUGAUUUGUCGCGGCGCGCGUGUUUCGGACGCGCUGGGACUUCCGAUCUCUGGUGGCGAUUUUUCCUGGGACGCAGUGGACCGCUGAGCGGGAAAGGCUCUCAAGAUGAUGAAAAUGAAGCAACACGGCCUAGUAGCGGACCUCUUGCCCAACAUAAGGUCCAUGCAAUUUGCCGGCCACUUCAUGUUCAACUAUUACAGCGAGGGAAAAAAGUUUCCGCACAAAAUGUUUUGCUUCAUUUCGCUCUUCAUAAUACUAAUCCAGUACGUCCUGAUGGGGCUGAAUCUACUGAUCGAGUCCGACGACGUGGACGACAUGACGGCAAACACGAUAACGAUGCUCUUCUUCGCCCACCCGAUCGUGAAAACCCUGUACUUUCCGCUCUUCAGGAAGGUAUUUUACAAAACCCUGGCUGUAUGGAAUAAUCCCAACAGCCACCCGCUGUUCGCUGAGAGCAACGCACGCUACCACGCCCUCGCCAUCAGCAAAAUACGCAAGCUUUUGUUCUUCGUGAUGUCGAUGACCUUCGUAUCGACCAUCUGCUGGACGGGCAUCACGUUCUUCGAGAAGCCGGUGCGAUUGCGAGUUGACAAGGAGACCAACGAGACCAUCAGCACGAAGCUACCCAAGCUCAUGAUGCGCUCCUACUACCCGUACGACGCCAUGGGCGGCAUGAACCACAUGCUCACCCUCCUGUAUCAGUUUUACUUUCUCCUGGUCACCAUGUCCCUCUCGAACUCGAUAGACACGAUCUUCUGCUCGUGGCUGUUGUUCGCCUGCGAGCAGCUCCAGCAUCUCAAGGACAUCAUGAAACCCCUCAUGGAGCUCAGCGCGACCCUCGACACCGUCGUGCCAAACAGCGGCGAACUCUUCAAGGCCGGAAGCGCAGAUCACCUGAGGGACUCGAGCAUAAUGCCAAGCAGUAACGGCGACGGUGGCGUCGUUGAUUCCGACUUGCGAGGCAUUUACAGCAAUCGACAGGACUUUACGGCAACCUUCCGGCCAACCGCAGGCAUGAACUUCAACGGCGGCGUGGGACCCAAUGGACUGACCAAGAAGCAAGAGAUGCUCGUCAGGAGCGCCAUCAAGUACUGGGUCGAGAGGCACAAGCACGUCGUCAGGCUGACUGGCUUGAUCGGAGACGCGUACGGUGUGGCGCUGCUGCUCCACAUGUUGACGACGACCAUCACGUUGACCCUGCUCGCUUACCAAGCCACCAAGGUGAACGGGGUAAAUGUAUAUGCGUUUACGGUUAUUGGCUACUUGGUCUACACCCUCGCGCAGGUGUUUUUGUUCUGCAUAUUUGGCAACCGACUGAUUGAAGAGAGCUCGUCGGUAAUGGAGGCUGCGUACUCCUGUCACUGGUACGACGGUUCCGAGGAGGCUAAGACGUUCGUGCAGAUCGUGUGCCAGCAGUGUCAGAAGGCUAUGUCUAUAUCGGGAGCCAAGUUCUUUACCGUCUCUCUCGAUCUGUUUGCCUCGGUGCUGGGUGCCGUGGUGACGUACUUCAUGGUGUUGGUGCAGCUGAAGUAAAUUCCUCACGGGCUCCAAGCUCAAGGAUCGCCCAUCCAUACUAUACCUACACGACUCUGCUACUACGACCAUCCUCUACCGCCGCUUUUACCAUCUUUCGAUCUUCUCUCUUUCCUCGUCUCCUUGUGUGUCCACAACUCCUUUUCUACGAACACCGGCUGCAUCAAAGAUUCCGGUGGUUGAUCUUACGAGAAAAUAAAAAGAAGAAGACAAAAAAAAGGAGAUGAGAGUAAAAGCCUCCGGGCAAGCAGGCAACUUUGCUCUUUGAGAGGAUCGAGGAAAGCCUGGGAAAAGAGGAUGUACACACACUCAUGGGCUGGUUUCUCGUUUCGAGCGAGUUUCUCGCCAUCGGUCCAAAGGGGGACGGGGAGUGCAAUAUCUCUGUAUGUGCGUUGGCUUUACGAGAGUUUCUGGGCAUCUGCUCGAGACCGCAGGAUUUUUAGUUUGUUUCGCUUGACGUUUUCACCCGAGGAAUGAGAUGGAUAGUAUCUCAGUUUAAAAGAGGAUAUGUUACGUAGAUACCUUCGAUUUUCUAUAUGACCAGGGCGACAGAGUUAAAACUUUUUUCUCUUGUAAACUGUCGCAGCUUUUCAUUUAACUGAAUUU